AUGGUGAAGAUCGUGACUGUCCUGACCCGGGCCUAUGCCAACCAGAAGCCCGGCACCAGCGGGCUGCGCAAGCGGGUCUGGGUGUUCCAGGACAACGCGUUCCAGGCCGAGAACUUCAUCCACAGCAUCCUGGCCACAGUGCCCGCGGCUGAGCGGCAGGAGGCCGCGCUGGUGGUGGGUGGCGACGGCUGGUUCUACAUGACCAAGGCCAUCCAGUUGAUCAUCCGGAUCGCCGCUGCCAAUGGGAUUGGCCGUUCAGUGAUUGGACAGAAUGGAAUUCUCUCCAACCCAGGUAUCUUCUGUAUUAUUAGAAAAAUCAAAGUCAUUGGUGGCAUCAUUUUGACAGCCAGUUACAACCCUGGUGGCCCCAAUGGAGACUUCGGCAUUAAAUUCAAUAUUUUCAAUGGAGGUCCUGCUCCUGAAGGUAUUACUGAUAAAAUUUUCCAAAUUAAGAAGACUAUUGAAGAGUAUGCUAUCUGCCCAGAUCUGAAGGUGGACCUUGGUACCAUUGGAAAGCAGCAAUUUGACUUGGAGAACAAGUUUAAACCAUUUACAGUUGAAAUUGUGGAUUCAGUGGAAGCUUAUGCUAUUUGCCCA